CGACUAAGAAAGCAUGGGUCAUUGACGUCACGCUGAUCUCCCGUGAGAUAUAAAACUUACUUGACGCAUGGUCUGAGAGUUGCACGUGUCUGGUAUUUUUUUUUCGCUCCCAGGCGAUGAUUCAACUGAACCUGACGGAUUCCUCUUCUCUCGCUAAGAUUUCUCGAGGAUGGGAAAGGGGCUGAGAAAAAGGAUUCGAUGUAACAAACGCAAUAGCACGAGCUUCAACCAUCCAACCAUUCAAUCAAAAAAAAAAAAAAUAUAUAUAUAUAUAAUAAAAGUUAAUAAAUUAUUAAUAUGAAAUGAUUUCAUUUAUUUGUUACUAUGAUACGAAGGUGGAACGAGGAAAAAUGCGAGGAAAGGAGGCACCGUCGCACUCCCCGGGAAUUUCCCCAAUGUUUUAUACUGAAAACCCCUAUUUGCUUCAUGCUAUUUAGAAUGGUUCCUAGCGAGAAGUAAAAGGUCCUCAUAAUGCCUCAGUGGGAAUUACUCUUGUCCUAAGAGAGACUCGUUUAGGUUCAAAACCACGGCCUCGUUUGAUCAAUGGGAUUCCGUAGGAUACAUGACCAGAGAGAAAUCGAAAGAGGCGAGGGAAAAAAUGACGAGAUUUUUAUGUUUAUCUUGGACCUUUUUUUGGUUUUGAAGCACCCUGUAUUAGUACGCAGGGGAAACUCAUUACCUCGAACGCAGAUAUAAAUUUCGCAUGUCUCAGGGCUCAAAGCUUAGUCCCGACACCAUCGAAUUAGCUUCUCUCAAAUUUCCUGGAAUCUUGAACCGCUUUGCCAUUUCCAUUCAGAUUUUCUCACGCUUAUCUCGAAGUGGAAGAAGCGGACUGCAAAGAAUGAAAAAAAAAAAAACGAGGUGGGACUUAUCGAUUUUCUGAAAAGUGUCAACGAAAGAACGGGAAAAGAAACCUGUUCGUGUGAAAUUUUUUCUCCCCGUCUCUUUCUUCCCCCCUUCCCUCAAAGACGCCUGCGGAGGAGAUUAAGACCGGGAGAUUAAAACCGGGUCUUUCGCGAUAAGAAUGAGGAAACCAUUGGCACAUUCCCAGUCUCUUUCAUUUGGUGGCUCUCCAGUCGGUCUGCCUCGUUUGUGCCAUUAUUGCUGCAAUCACCCCCAUCGACCCACUCGAGAGGAAACGGGAAUUUGCAACGCUCGAAAAUUCCAGGCUAGUGCCGGUGCCAGUGCCACCAGUUCGUUAUUCGCUGUGCCCUUACUGGCUCCCUGCCUGAUCGUCUUCGUCUCCUAUCACUCAGGUGAAGAUGCUGGCCAUGCAGACGAGCUCCAAGGACCCGGUGCAGAGGACUCCCAGCAUAGUGAUCGAGGAGGAGGAGGAGAAGGAGGGUCAGAAGAGUGAUCGCCUUCAACGAGCCUCCAGCAAAGAGGAGAGCGAAGAGAGGAUCCGAGCCAUCCAGAUCGAGAUGGAGCAGAGGAAGGAGGACUUUGAGAAGCUGAUCCGUGAACACCAGGAAAUCGUCCGAGAAUUAAGGGACUCCGAGAAACGGACUCACGCUCCCUAGGUGUUCCCAAAGUGACCAAAGUCCCCACUCUUCCUAAUGAUUCUAUGGCCUGGUGAGGUGAAUGAAAAAACAAAAAGGAUAAUUACCUUCGUUUCAAUGCCUCGCUCCCUGCAAUGGCGUGCCUUCCAUGCUCCGCAACGAGACGGGUGGUGUCCUCGUAUCGUCUAUGUUAAUAUCAAUGUGUCCAUGUUUCAUUCAUCAUCCCCUUCCGUCGAUCGCGAUCGUGUACUGGAGUGUUCCGAAUUCCGCGACAUAUACGCUCUCAUUUUCACUACUUAUAUUUCCUAUGCCUCCAUUGUACCCCUGGAUUACCCCUAAUUCUCAGAUCUCUCACUGCUCUUCUUAACUGGUGAUGAUGUCAUUCAAUGAAACAAAAGGAUGGAAGUGGUAACAUUGAUAA